AGUUCUAACAUUAUGUUUCUCUUGAAAGUGUCUCACCAUUAACUGUGAGAUCUCAAAUUCAUACUUCACUCUUCUACUCUCUUUCUCUCUCCUACCUUCCAACUAUGGCUGGAAAACACCUACACUCUUCUUCUUCUUCCUCAAGAGACAAACCAAUCUACACUUCUCCAAUCAUCAUCAUCAUUCUCUCUCUCAUCACUUUCUUCUUCAUCAUCUUCUUCUUCUCCUCCUCUUCUUCAGCUUCUCUCUCCUCCAAACCCCCCUUCUUAAUUCCAAACCCUAACCCUAAUUUCGAAUACUCUUUCGUCGCUUCUCUCGAGAAUUUCCUCACUACCAAGCUCCCCAACCGUUUCAAGGAUGAUUCUGUGAUCUUCGCCGACGAUCAGAGUGUAAAAAAGCUGGAUGAUUCAAUUUGGAAGACGGAAAAUGAGCGAAUUUACGAGGAUUCAUUUUAUCCUGCUGUUUCGAUGCCGAUUAGGGUUUAUAUAUAUGAGAUGCCUUCCAAAUUUACUUAUGAUCUGUUAUGGUUGUUUCGAAAUUCUUAUAAAGAGACCUCUAAUUUAACCUCUAAUGGUAGUCCUGUCCAUCGUCUUAUUGAACAGCAUUCUAUUGAUUAUUGGCUGUGGGCUGAUCUCAUAGCUCCGGAGUCAGAGAGGCUGUUAAAAAAUGUGAUACGGGUUUACAAGCAAGACGAGGCGGAUAUAUUUUAUAUACCAUUCUUCACCACCAUCAGCUUCUUCUUGUUGGAAAAACAGCAGUGCAAGGCACUUUACAGGGAAGUUUUAAAGUGGGUGACUGAUCAGCCAGCAUGGAAGCGUUCUGGGGGAAGAGACCACAUACUUCCGGUUCAUCAUCCUUGGUCAUUCAAAACAGUUCGUAGGUUUAUGAAAACCGCAAUUUGGCUAUUACCUGACAUGGACUCCACAGGAAACUGGUACAAGCCUGGCCAGGUUUACCUUGAGAAAGACCUGAUUCUUCCAUAUGUUCCUAAUCUGGAUUUUUGCGAUGCUUCUUGCUUGCGGGAAAAUGAAUCCAGGAGAACUACACUGCUAUUCUUUCGUGGGAGGCUUAAAAGAAAUGCUGGAGGAAAGAUCCGAUCACAACUUGUUUCAGAGUUGUCUGGUGCUAAUGAUGUAGUUAUCGAGGAAGGAACAGCCGGAGAGGCUGGCAAGGCUGCAGCCCAAAAUGGAAUGCGCAAGUCCAUCUUUUGCCUGAGCCCAGCUGGUGACACUCCAUCAUCUGCAAGAUUGUUUGAUGCUAUAGUGAGCGGCUGCAUUCCUGUUAUAGUCAGUGAUGAACUGGAGCUUCCAUUUGAAGGUUUCAUUGACUAUAGGAAGAUGGCUGUAUUUGUCUCAUCAAGUGAUGCCUUGAGAUCCGGUUGGCUGUUAACACACCUUAAAGGCUUUAGUCCGUCAGAUAUCAAAGAAAAACAGAAAUUCUUGGCCAAGUACUCCAGGCAUUUCCUUUAUUCAAAUCCAGCACAGCCUUUGGGACCGGAAGACUUGACAUGGAGAAUGAUUGCUGGUAAACUAGUGAACAUCAAACUUCAUAUCAGGAGAUCACAACGCAUGGUUCAGGGAUCCAGAAACAUUUGCACGUGUGAAUGCAGGCGCUCAAAUUCCAGCAUCCCAGGUGCCUUGUCAUGAUCGAAUAUCAAUUUCAAUUAACCCCCACAUUUUUGUAAUUUUUUCAUGCUGGUGUAGUUUGGCUUGUUUCAAAUUCAUGUGUUUAUAAUGUCGCUAAUAGUUCAGUUAUACGUCUCUCGUUAUGUUAACCAUCAGGAUCACAGGAAUAUAGAUAUGCUCAUAUCUCUGCUUGUAAUUUGUCAUUCUUGUAUUCCUGUUGGUAAAGGGCACACUUUUCUCUUAAUAGGUCAUUUAAUUCUUUAACAGACUAUUAUUUCCA